AUGAAGAUGACAUUGAUAGCAUUGGUCCUAGUGGUUGCCUUGAGCACAAAGGCACUAGUUGGUGAAGCAGGUCCUGCCCCAGAGCAAGUGGUGGACACAUCAGGGAAGAAGGUGCGAGCUGAUGGAUUUUACUACAUUGUUCCAGCAUCCUCUGAUGUAGGUGGCCUUGCUCUCUCAACCACCGGUCAAGACUGUCCUCUUGAUGUUGUAGCUGUUGAUGGUUACCAAGGCCAGUAUUUGUCCUUUGAACUUGUUAAUGAUAAGAAAGGUGUUGUUCGUGUUUCCACUGAUCUCAACAUCUAUUUCUCCACCUACACAACUUGUCCACAAUCCACAGUGUGGAAGCUUAAGGACUUUGAUUAUUCAACAUCACAGUGGUUUGUGACUACUGGUGGUGGUUUCGGCAACCCUGGUCCUGAUACCAUCAGGAAUUGGUUCAAGAUUGAGAAGUACGAAGAUGCUUACAAGUUGGUUUAUUGUCCAAGUGUGUGCAAUGACUGCAGUUAUCCAUGCAGUGAUAUUGGAAUAUACCAGGAUCAAUAUGGCAAGCGUUUAGCUCUAUCUUCUCAGCCAUACAAAGUGCAGUUCCAGAAGGUUGAAUCCUUUUAA